AUGAUGCUGCAGUUCUUGCAUCGCCUAAGGGCCAGAUCUGCAGUUUGUCGAGCUUUUGCGCUAGAAGUAAAUCCUCAAAGGCGAAAAAAACUGCAAUAUGGUGUAGGUGUACGCUUUAAAAGCUUUAUGUCAAACGUUGGCAAGCCGCUAGGACUCAAAGACAGUAUCCAAACAGCUUCCGGACUAACUCCCACCACGCAAAUGUUGGUGAUGUAUGUGGCUGUGGCGAUCUCUGCCAUGGGUAUUAUCGGACGCUAUAAAAGCCGUGAUGCCGAAACAGAUGAGAGUGUACGCAUUUUCAACAUGGCUAAACGUGCCGUGGUUAAAGACCAUCGCGUAUUUGAGACUGUGGGAUAUCCAAAGCAUUUUGAACGCAUCGGAGAAUACGAUGCCGAUGGCUCGCCAACGGAGUUUAAGAGUGGAGAAGGCAGCUUUGAGGUCACAGGUGACAAGGGAAGUGUUGUAGUGCACUAUCGUAAGGAUCAUAAUAUAGACGAAGUUGGCGACAACGUCACGUUCGACAGGUUGAGCGUAAAUUGCGAGGACGGGACGGAGUUUUCGGCUCUGGAAUCGUUUAUGCAGAAGCAGGAUGUUGUAACACAUCAGAAUUCUGAGGCACUGGGCAACAAGCUGUUCUUUCCUGUCAUUGGAGGCGUGUUGAUCGGAGGUCUCUCAUCUUUCUUUGUAAUCCGGAUCUUGCGCAACCGACCAUUCUACGUCCACAAACUGGUGUUAGAUCAUAUUAAUAAUCAUAAUAUGGCGCGGCAGCUCCUCGGUCAUCCUAUCAGAUGCGAUAAAUCCAAAUACGUUGGCGAACUUACGACUGAGGCAGCUAACUACACAAUCACGUGUACUGGACCUAAAGGUAACGGCACCAUCAUUGUCAAAGCCUUUAAAAAGGACAAGACUGACGAAUUCUCUAGCGUCAAAAAAGACAAUUUUUUUAUGACUCCCGGUACGUCUUGGAAAUUUUCGACGCUUGUCUUGUCGGUCAGUCGCAGUGAAAAACGCAAAGCAAAAGUUGCUAAGACCAUAAAUCUUUUAAAACAAGAAGACAUGUCAUAUAUUGAGAAUGAUGCAUUAGGACGCUGA